AUGGGCUGCUUCAGCAAUGACUCUGUCCAGGCAGAGGCCUACCGCCAAGUCAAUGAUUCAUCCGAUAAUGCUGAACUUUCUGUUGAACUCCUCGGCGCUGCCGCGUCAUACCAGGCGAUGAAAGAAUACGAAGAUCACGUCGCGAGGAAUGGAAAACCCGAUUCCUAUCCGGAGGCUAAAAGCCUUGCAGCCGCGUUUGUGGCGUCAUCCCUUCAAAGGUUAAUAGAAAUAAAAGACCUCGACUGCUUUGACGCGAAGAAGGCACAAGGCGAGGCCGAAAACCACGUUGAGGGGUUCAUAGCGGAAGAUUACUUCUAG